GCACAUGACUGUCAGGUGGUGUGGGUCACGUGAGCAUAGAGUUCCGGAAAAGUCUAAACGAAAAUGGCAGGUUCGAGGAGCUGCACUCGGUUAAUGGGUGUUUGUAUUCUACUUUUCGCCCCUUUUUUCGCCUUGGGGAGCGCCACGUCUCAAGUGCCUUUUCUUAUGUGGUCCAGUGAACGCUUGCCACCACUGGCCUCACCUGCAGCUGGUCAUAUAGCAUCUUAUGAGCAGCUGAGUGCCUACCUCACCUCUGCCUUCAGCUCUGGCUCCCACACUGUGCUGCUGUUCUUGCAGGACAAGUUAAGCAAAGAUGACUUCACAGUCUUUGGUGGAGUAUUUGGGAACAAGGAGGAUAGUGCUUUUAAAAACAUUGAGGAUGCAAUGCAGUCUUCUACCUCAAAAGUGACACUGCCUGCCUUGGAGUGGUCUGGUUCCUUUAACAUGGCAGCUCUGCUGCAGGAGAAGCUCGGUGUUUCGCCUGUGCUCGUCGAUGCAGACUCUCUCUCACAUCUGAGUAUCAAAACAUCUGUCAGCAACCUCCUGCUCAUCAAUCUUCCUUAUUGUAGCAGCUUACAGAAGUCAUGCAAGGAAGUCCUGCAUGAGAAUGAUGAAAUUAUUGGAAAAGUUCUGAGUUCAAUGAAAGCAAAAAACAUCCCAUACACUGCAAUAUACACAGGAUUCCAGCCAUCACGAAUGAUUUCAGAAACCCCAAUUUCUGAUCAGUCAGUGGGUCGGUCCUUGCUACAAGCAGUUGAACCUGAAGUUAAGCCUCCCAUCAUGUUUAAUGUAUCUGGUGGUCCCUGCAUAAUGCUGUGGGCUCAAAAAUCUCACUGUCAAACUGGGUCCGAGCUCACCAUGGACCGACCUUGCUCAGCAAACACCUACCUUGGGUGGAUCACUGUGCUUGUGCUUACUUACCAAUCAGGCUUUACAUUAAGUUUUUCAAUGAGCAAGCGUUUCUAUUCUGUCUCUGCACGAGAAUGGUUCUCCCUGGAUGCAGUUGAGCUGCAGUACUUUAACCUCAGUGCAUCUUACAUCGCAAGCCGUGACAUCUAUGCUCCUGCAGAGUAUUCCUUUCAUUGCCAGUCUGUCGCCAACUUCGGAGAUGCCCUGCUCCGCACAAACACAACAGACACAAAUUCAUCUGAAUGGAGGCUAAAUUUUGUCGACUUCCAGAUUCAGGGCUUUGGGUUGUCCGACAGCACAAACUUCUCCUAUGCCAGUGACUGUGCAAGCUUCUUCACCCCAGCAAUUUGGAUGGGACUGGUGACUGUGCUCCUUACGCUGCUAAUUUUAGUGUACGGUCUGCACAUGAUCAUGCAGAUUAACACCAUGGAUCGGUUCGAUGACCCCAAAGGCCCAUCAAUUUCAGUGCCUCAGUCAGAGUAAAUCACUCCCCCCCCCCCCCCCCAAAAAAAAUGUAAGAACAUCCACUCCUCAGUUUUUGAGUGCCCCUUUGUUGAUCAAAGAAAGUAUCCCUUUGCCUUCUAGCUUUUGUGUUUUUGGGUCUUUUUCUUUAAUGUAUGUUUCUUUUGAGUCCUUCCACAGUUAUUUUGGCACAUUCCACGUCAUCUUGCCAUAUUUUACAGGUUCCAGAGUGUAUUUUUUAUGAGUAUUAUUUUAGAGCGUGUGCCAGAUACAGCUGAUAUUUUUACUAAAAUAAUUUGCACACAUAUCAUGGAAUGACUUUCUUGCCAACACGAAUGUGAUCGCUGAAUGCUGUAGGACCGUUUCAGACCUCAGUUCUUAAUUUGUUUUGUUUUUUUUAUUUCCCCGGCCUAACUGUAAUUUAAAAACUACUGUUAAUGAAAGAAGUGCCUGUGUGUAUAUACAUGAUCAUUUGUGAUGUGUUGUGUAGUGCUGCUGUUUUUCCCAAUAACAUACCUUGGAUUCAGUUCUGUUGCCAGUCGUCAUGGCUUAAAUGGCAACACUGAUAUCCAAUGUUUUCUUGGCAAGUAAUUUAUUUGUAUAAAAGGACUUCAUUUGCCUUUAAAGUUUACCCUUUGCUUCUGGGUUAUCAGCUAUUUUAAUAACAGUGCCUUGUUUUCAGAAAAUAUUGACAUGCAUUUGCAAUGAAGUGCAAUAUGCUUUGUUUAAGUGCAAAUAAAUGUAUAAAUUCCAAAGUAAUUCUUAAGUUGUGGGCCCCUCAGUUGCAGUUGUUUUAUUUAAUUAUUUUGAGGUCACAUAUAGGCUGAAAAGAUCCCAACAAACUAAAUGUGGGGUAAAGCGGAUGUUUGUGUUCGACAGGAUGGGCAUCGCUACUUAAGUGGGGAAGCGUCUUGAAAUUUAGAUAUGCAAAUUCAGCAAACUACAGAGGUUCAGUGUUUUGCAUAAAUCGCUGGGAUGAAAAAAUGCUGUGUAUUAACUGAGUGCAGUUUUCCCAACUCUUGAUCAAGCAUAAAUACAAGCUGUCAGCCACGCAUAAUGUAAAUUAAAGUCUAUCGAAAUGUGGGAGCUUUAAUAAAGUUUACCAUUCAACGUUGAACAGGAUAUGCUGCUCGGUUUCCAUAGUUACAGCAAGCAGAAACACUACGACGGUCACAGGUGUCGGGCAACUAGCAAGUGGCUAGCAGUAUUUUUUCCUCCUACUUGGGUUUUCGUUACGUUACCAAACGUUUGCUUCAACGAUGCUGACCGCUCCUGCUCAGAGAGUGUGUUUUGGGAGCUCAGUGGAGAGGAGGCUGUUUCCUCUCCAUUACGCGCCAGACCGGCUGGGGAACCAAAUGCCACAACAGGGACCGCCACAUGUCGGCCCGGGAAGCCAUGACAACCACGAGUUUGGCACCAUACUUUAUGACAUACAGAAGACACCUGGGAGUAAGAAAGGAUAUAGUCUCUCUGCAAGGACUGCUGUGCGUUUUCCGCCUUGUAACAAGGCAGUGACCCCUUCACCGUGGCAGUACCAGCAGGAUCAAAGUGGUUCUAGGGUCUCUCCUCCUGGCAAAAUACCUUUCAACUCAACAGCACAGAGGUUCAAAAGCACACCGUGUACAUCUGAGAGGAGUCCAGGCCCUGGGACGUAUGCCCACGACGGAGUGACAAACAGGAAAGUGAGCUGGCCCAUGUGCUUUGGGAGACCGGACUGGUCCAGCCUGCCUCAAAUAUGCAAGAAGUCACUCAGGGUGAAGCUUGCCAGUGAAAAGGAGUACAUUAAACAGAGGAACAGAGUGGCCUACCUGAGUUUGUAUUAUUAACCCUGAAGGUCAUACAUGGAAACCUAUCGUGACACUGGCGAAGAAGAUGUUGGUUUUUUUGUUCUUUUUUUAUCUUUCCCCUCAAAAUAUAAAGAAAAUAUGAACAUG